UUUCCGGUGGAAUAUUACAGCGGAUUUACCCUUGGUCUUUAAAAGGACGCGCUGAAUUAGAGGCUGUGAAGCUGAAAGGUAAACGGCCUAUGUUGUGCACACUGUAGUCGGCGUAGGCACUCAACAUACCAAAGAGAGUUAAGGGACAAAGAGAUCAACCACGUGAUAAAGAAAAGGAAAGACAAGCUCCCCCACGGCACGCGUGUUUAGACGUCUCCGUCAUUGGAUUUGUCUAUAUUUUGUAAUCUUUGGAGGCCCUUUCAGCUGUGAACCAGAGACAAUCAUGAUCCUGCUGUCUCCCUCUUCUGAUGAAGAAUGUCUUGAACUCGCCUGGCUUUGGAAUCACAGGAAGUUCAGGGUGAAAAACACAAGGGUUGCUACUGCAACAUUUUAAAAAAAUCUCAAAAUUUUGCAGGUCAUUUAUCUGUGCACUACUUGGACAGUACUAUGACUUGAGAGAAAGCGUUCAGCUCACAAGAGCGGAGGCAGACAGGAAACACUGAUUUCUUUGUUGUACUUCAUUAAAAAACAUCACAGCUUUGUGGGGGGAGGAAGAAGUUUUUGGCUGGCAGUGUCAGCAGUCAUUCCAUCUUACUGACUAAGUUGCAGCGUUAUUGGCUUUCGCCUUCCAAAACAACUAUGUUUGUCAAGUAAUUACACAUUUUACUAACUGCACUUUAAACAAACUUAAUUCAUCUAUUGAAAUUGGCUUUACACCCCCAUGAAGCUAUAGGUAUUUUGAUAUAGAUACUGUAUGUUAUGUCAACAAGUAAACAAGGAGAGGUUGUAGAUCUAUCUUUAUACCAUGAUCCCAAUUAAAGACUUAGCUACAGUAGUAUUAAUAGAUUUGACUAGUGAGCUAUGGGAGUGCUGCUGCCAUGUCCUUGUCUCAGGCCGCCAUGUUUUAUCAGGAUAAUAGAUCUCACGUCUGGUAUGUGUCUAUGGAGUAGGUCAAUCUCACUUUAGCCAAUGUGGUAGUCCCCUAACUGUUUAUAACUUGUUUACCACACCAGUAUUCGUGUGUAUUUGACCCCUGAUAUGAUUACAGUUGAGCACUAACACUCCACAUGCAUCCUGUUCAGACAUGUAUCCUUUUGAUGUUUAUCCUUUGCAAAAUAUGAUCAUAUCCAUUGAUAUUGAAGUUUACUGCAUGCUGCUUUUUAAAAAUGUUAUAAUAAUGUUUAUUGCAUAGAUAUAACUGAUCAUGUAAUACGUAGAUGAUGAGACACUGUAAUGUUGCAUGCUAUAGGCUGCGAAUGAACGAAUGUACAGUAACAAAUGCAUUUUAGUAAUCUGAAAGUGGAUGAAUGUAUCGUAUGGUCGGUCUUCGUCCAAUAAACAUACGUCUUGGUAAGUGAUGCUUUUUUUACAUCAGACAGGGGAAUCGCUUUUAAAGCAAUAUUUUGUUUUAAAAACAGUUAAAGAAACACGCACACAUUUUAUAAUAUCUUGCCAUAUGUAUUCAUAGUGUACAAAAUAUUGUUUAAAUUAUAAUCAAUAUAAAUUAAUUAUUCAUCUAUGACUGGUAAAGCAUUAAGAAUACUUUCAGAAUUUUUACACAUUUUUCCUUUCACUUGAACUGAAGUUUGACUCCAACUGGGAUAUAAUUAUUAAACUAUCCCCCAUGUUAGACACCUUCAUCAAAAGGCCAGCUGGUAUGCUCCCCCAAUGAUAGUAGGGAUUUAGCUUGUAGCUUUAGCAGGGCAGGGGUUAUUGACAUUACACAGACAACUACUAACUGCUGCUGUUGUGUGGUCUAAGGUCUCUUCCAGUGUACCAACAAGCUCUUUCUGAGUGAUGAAGCCACGGGACUCCAGAUCAAGGAGUUUGCACGUAAAAAUGCAGCUAAUGCUCUGUCAGUUGCUAACAUGGUCAUGGGCAUUACCUCCAUUCUCAGCAGUCUAAACGGGCACCAUCAUGCUGCAUGCUGGCUGGUUCUGAUUGGCUACCUUCUGGAUUUGGCAGAUGGAGCGGUUGCCAGGCGACUCGGUGCCUGCUCUGCGCUGGGUGCAAAGCUUGAUGAUUAUGCUGACUUCACGACCUUUGGGAUCGCCACUUCAUUGCUCCUAAGGACAUCUGACCUGCUGGACAACAUCCUAUGCGUGUGUUACGUCUUGUCAGUGUUCACCCGCCUGUGUUUCUUUACAAGCGGGAUCCCGUUCAUGUAUCGCGGCCUGCCCUGCAUCUACUCCUCGGCCAUCCUGGCCAGUGCCUCUCUGCUGUCUGGGGGAAACCUGGCCCUGCUGCGGGUCAUUGCGGUGGCCAUGAUCCUCUUCAUGAUCAGCCAGAACUUCUACCCCCAUGACAGAGUGCUAGAGUCCCAGGCCUGGAAGAAAGCAGUCUACGCUGGAGGAGUUGUCAUGCUGUUCUGCUCAUCAUUCCCCCCUGCAUGUGUGUACUAUCUGCUCUGGUCAGUCUCCUACAUUUUGUUCCCAACAUCCCUUUGGAGCAGUAAAGUGUAAAAUGGGUGCUGGCUUUGUCCAAAACUCCCAUGUAGGUUUGCUUCUAUGACCCAUCUGGGUGAACUGAGGCUUCCAGACUGCUGCUGCUCCCUACUGCCAUGGAGGAUCCAAGCUGAAACAUGCUCAUGUUCCACAGGCGAACACUCGCUCUAUUUGACCUUUUUUUAUUUUGAUGCGACACCUCUAAAACAGAGCCCAGAUUCAAGAGAGUUAGAGUGAGGGAUGAGAAGUGCAUUUUAAUGUUCCUAAAGUAAGGAUAAGCCUUCAUGCUGUCUUAUGUUUGUGCUGCAUUUUCACUGAAUCCAGGGGUCAGAUGGCUUGUUCCACAAAUUUUCAUCAGGUUCAUCUCCCGUGUAAUCUCCCUAAAUCAAUAUUAAUCCAAUCUUUCAUCAAUGUUGUGAACACGCAGUAGCAGCGCACAUCAUUUUCUCACAGGAUGAGAUAAAAAGAAAACAAAAAUAAUUUCACAUUUUUAAUAGAUUUCUGCUUCUAAUUUGGUUUUUAAAAUGUUUAAUUGUGUAAUCACACAGGAUCAUAACUCUUAUUAUGAUGUGUGUUGAGCAUAGCUUAAUGAGUAACUGCUCGAGUGCUACAGUAUGUAGGUAAAGCCUAAUCAAUCGUAUACAAGAUUUCUCAGCAACAUUUUUACCAGAUUCAAAUUCCAUGUCCUUUCUGCUUUAUAACACGGUAAUAAAGCACUGUCACUAAUUUUGUGUUAACUGUUGAUGUUUUUAUCAGGAUUGAGGUCACUUCACUUUCACAGCAUUCAGGCCAUGAUGUGGGUUUCCUCGUAAUCAACUUUUCCAUUUUGUAGGGGUCUAAAAUCCAGUGACUUACAGUGAGGAAAUUUCUAACGUAAUGGUGCAGUCAUUCCUAAUAAUAGAUUUGCUGUUUGUUUUCAAAAUGCUUCCAUAUUGCUUUUAUGUGUCGUUUUAUCUGGUCAUUGUAUGUGUUUGCCUCCGUUUUAGGAGGCAUUGAGGUUUAAAUAAUAAAUCCACAAUGGAUCACGCCCUAUGGUAGUCGUUGAGUGGAGGUGGAGUCAGGAAUACAACGUGUGUGUGUGUGUGGAUGCAUACAUAGCACCGCAGCAGCAGUUUUCUGCCUUGUGAUUCAAUGUGAAUUUUCCCUUAAAGAGCAACAACACACAGGCUGCCCUCGCUGCAAGUUCUGCCUCCACCUUUAAAUGUGUCGUAACAUUGUACUACAUGACCACUUCUAGUAGUGGAGCAGCAUUGAUGAGUAAAAUCCACAAGGAAGGAGAGUUGGAGUGUGUUGUUAAUCUUUAACUUAGCCAGUAUUCUGUCUGAGGGACAUCACUUUUUUCGUAGAGCCUGUUUCACAAUGUGUAAUUGUGCCUCCUUCCAUUGCGUGUGUGACAAAUGCUGAAAUUAUACAGUAUACCCAUAUUUAAUUUUGGACUCCACACCUUCUGAAAAACGGUCAUCUUUGAGCAAGUAAUCUGAGAUUUCAAAAUAAAAGGUAUGACAUCACCCACAGUUUAAGUUCAGUGGAUUUAAUGAUAGCUUUAAUGAUUUUAAUCCUCUUAUAAACAAUAUCAGAACCCGGAAGACAUGAACUUUUGCAUUAAUUUUGUUUUAAAACUAUUAGGGAGAUUUAUUUAGAUAACUCAUAAAAUGCUAAAGCUGUGAGCUAUCUAGCUUUUAAACUUAACGUUUUCUGAGGGAAAUCUAAAACGGACUUUCCUAAAUCAAGAAAAUUAAACACAAACGGCCAUGUGUUCUGGUUCUGGUAUUGAUCUGAACCCACUGGUGGUUCUUGACCUGGUUACAAUAACCAAUGUUGUGAAAAUAAUCUAAAGUGCAUAAUAUGUCUGGGGCUAUGGCUGUUUUCUAUCCCAAUAAAGGUAAUUUAAUAUCCUCCAUAACAAUACAGUAUAUCGCGAUAAAGUGUGUUUUCUGGUAAUUCAAAAAAAUAGUCUGCAUGAAAUAUCCACAUGGUAAUGCCUAUUUUUGUCUACUUCUGUGUCAAUUAAAUACUUGACAAAUGAAGAAUACUCAGUAUUUUCCAAUUGAAUUAAGAACUUUAGUGCAAAAUCUUCUGAGAAAUUUUAGUUACUAUGUGCUUGUUAUCAAUUUAGACAAUAUAGUCGUGUAUCAUGAUAUCUCGAUAAAUGUGUUAAUGAUGAUUUGAUUGCAUUGAAAGACAAUAAAUUAUAUUGAAUAAUUGCCCAGCCCUAUACUCUGAACGGAACACAAAUCUACUCUGGUACAUUCUGCUUUCCUGUGUGAGUGUUUUGGUUUUGAAACUGUGAAGCCACAGUAAUGUACGCAUGCCAAGAGCAUUACAAAUACAACAAUUGUACUUUGCCCAAUGAAUAAAGAAAAGAUCUUAA